CGCGCCGUACCGUACCGUCUCUUCUUCUUGUCAUCGGACUUUUGAUCGGACAGUCAAAACUAAUCAUGGGAAAGUCAUUUGCUAAUUAUAUGUGUAAAAAGUGGUUUCAUCCUUCCUCCUAUGACAAUAUUAAAAGGGUAUGGAUGGCCGAACAAAAACAUUUGAAAGAAACAGAAGCACAAGACCAGCUUCGUGCAGAGUAUGAAAAAGAACAAGACACUCUAAACAAUAGGUUAAUGAUGGGAGAUGAAAAGGUCAAACAUGGCUUGACCUUUAUGUACGAAGCACCAAAGGGUAUGCAACGCGACAACAAUGAGAAGGGAGAUGAAGUGAAAUUCGAGUGGCAGAGGACCGCACCCCGUGAGUCAUAUGCCAAAGAUAUGGAAAUCCGUGAUCAGCCUUUUGGCAUCUCUGUUCGCAACGUUAAAUGCAUCAAGUGCCACAAUUGGGGCCAUAUCAACACAGAUAAAGAGUGUCCAUUGUAUAACAAAGCAUCUGUUGACGAGCAAUCUGGGCCAAGUAUGAAGCAACAGGAACUCAUGGAUGGGAUGAGAGAGGGCGGCCUUGCAUUGAAGACCAGUGUUCUUGGACGUCAAAACAAUACAAAUGCAUUAAACCAGCAACUGGUUGGUAGUGAUGAUGAUGAAGACGAUGAUGAAGUUGCUUUCCUGAGAUCCUUAUCUAGUGAGCAAAAAAAGAAGCUGCUGAAAAAACUCGACAAACUGGAGAAAAAACAAGCUAGAGGCGGAGUUGACAAAAAGAAGCAAAAGAAGUCUUCAAAAAAGAAAUCUAAGAAACGCAAGUAUUCAAGUUCAGAUAGUGACAGCGAUUCUUCUUCAGAGGAAGAAAGACAGAAGAGAUCCUCAAAGAAAAAGUUGAAGAAAAAGAGAGAUGUAAUUUCUAGUGAAGAUGAAGACUGUGAAAGAAGGAGAAAACACUCAAAACGAGGAUCAAAAAAACAUAUUAAAAGAGAGCCUGAUAGUAGUGAUUCUGAUCAUGAUGUAAAUAGAAAGAAAAGAAGAAAAUCAGCAAAAUCAAAACGGCAUGUUGAUACGGAAUCCAGCGAUUCAAGUGACUCGAGUAGUAACGUUGAUACUAGAAAGGGACGAAGAUCGAGAAAACAACGUCGAGAAUCAAGUGAUUCAAGUGAUAGUAGUUCAGAAAGUGAAAUAGAGGAACGCAUAACAAAAAGUUCAGGAAGGAGAAGCAGUGAUGGAAAACGUGAAGAAAGAAAUUUACAUGGCUCAUCUGAAAAGAGAUACUAUCAAGACCAGGUCUCCGUAAAACGAGAAAGGGAUAAUAGGUCUGAUCAUAUAAGAGACAAUCGACAUCACAAUGGACUACAUGAUAAUUACGAGAAACGACAGGAUAAACACUUAGAUAGACAUAAUGACUUCAAUGACAGAAGGCGGGACAGGGAGAGAUAUGCAAGGGACAGCAGCAGAUCUGGAGAACCUAAUGGAUGGGAAGGUAGACGGGAUGAAAGAAUGGAACAUAGAAGAAGAGAUUACCAUGACAAGGAAAGAGAUCGCAGUCGAAGAAAUGAUAGUAGAGAGAGAGAAAGGAGAAGAGAUUAUCGAUAAUCGUUAAUAGAUAGCUUAGUUGAAUAUACAUACCAACUGUGAUAAGCUAAUUCACUUGAAAUUAAAAUUUGAAGAUGCAAUGUCCCAUGAAAAAUACCAAAAUAUCAUAAAAAUAAUUUGUGAAUUUAACUUGCUCAUUUUGAAGUAACACGAAUAUUAUAAGAAAGAAUAAUACAU